UUGGGUGGCCUUCUCACUUCCUCCCAGCGUGUCCUGCCCUGUCACCUCGGAAUGCCACACGCACUCCGCAGAGGGCACACGGUCUCCCUAUCAGCGAUGCUUGGUUCUUGACGUCUCCCAGGCCUGGCUCCUCUGACCUCUCCCCAGUGUGCUGAGCGCUCUGUUUUGCUGUCGCCCGGAUCCUCAGUGCGUUCCGCCUACGCCCCAAAAGGGCGCGCAGCCCUGCCACCCUCCCUGGACUGGCCCGGCCCCACACUCCCCCGCCGGGCCGGGGCUCCGCUCUCCCGCAUCCGCGAGCCCAGGACCCGCACGGCCCCGCUGCCCCGGCCGCGCCUGCAGGCUCCGGCUUGCUGCGCGGGCUCUGCCGGGCGCCGACGCCCCUCCCGGGUCCGCCCCAGGGCGGCGCGGGGCGGGGGCGGGGCGGCCACGUCUGGGGCCGAAGGUCCGGGCCAGGCGGACGCAGGAGCCUCGAGGGCGACCGGAUGCGGCACCGCACGGCCACUGAGCGCGCGGCGGGGACCCUGGAGCGCGGCUGCCCGGAGCGCGUGCCGGGGGCUGUGGGUCGCGGUCCCUCCCCACUCCCCGCUGGGCCUCGGGGCGCUGGGACGCGCACACCCUGGUCCUCCCCGGUGCUGUCCGGGCCCGGAGGGCGCGCCCGUCCGACACGCACCCCGCCAUGGGCAACGCCUCCAAUGACUCCGGGCCCGGGGACUGCGAGAGCCGACAGUGGCUCCCCGCGGGCGAGAGCCCGGCCAUCAGCGCGGCGAUGUUCUCGGCGGGGGUGCUGGGGAACCUCAUCGCGCUGGGGCUGCUGGCCCGCCGCUGGCGGGGGGACUCGGGGCGCGGCGCGGGCGGCCGCGGCUCCGUGUCCCUGUUCUACGUGCUGGUGACGGAGCUGGUGUUCACCGACCUGCUCGGGACCUGCCUCAUCAGCCCGGUGGUGCUGGCCUCGUACGCGCGGAACCAGGCGCUGGUGGCGCUGGAGCCCGGCAACCGCGUGUGCACCUACUUCGCCUUCGCGAUGACCUUCUUCAGCCUGGCCACGAUGCUCAUGCUCUUCGCCAUGGCCCUGGAGCGCUACGUCGCCAUCGGGCACCCCUACUUCUACCAGCGCCGCUUCUCGAGCCGCGGGGGCCUGGCCGUGCUCCCGGCCAUCUACGCCGCGUCGCUGCUGCUCUGCUCCCUGCCGCUGCUCGGCUACGGCCAGUACGUCCAGUACUGCCCGGGGACCUGGUGCUUCAUCAGCCACAGGCGCACGGCUUACCUGCAGCUCUACGCCACCAUCCUGCUGCUGCUCAUCGUGGCGGUGCUCGCCUGCAACUUCAGGGUCAUCUUCAACCUGGUCCGUAUGCACCGCCGGGGCAGACGGAGCCGCUGCGGAUCGACGUGGAGCGGCGGCCCGGGGUCCCGCAGGAGAGCGGAACGGCUGUCCGUGGCGGAGGAGGCGGACCACCUCAUCCUCCUGGCCAUCAUGACCAUCACCUUCGCCGUCUGCUCCCUGCCCAUCACGAUCUUUGCAUAUAUGAAUGAAACUUAUUCCCGAAAGAAAAAAUGGGACCUCCAAGCUCUUAGAUUUUUAUCAAUUAAUUCAAUAAUUGACCCUUGGGUCUUUGUCAUCCUCAGGCCUCCUGUUCUGAGACUCGUGCGUUCCGUCCUGUGUUGUCGGACUCCAUUAAGGACACAAGAUACAACACAGAUUUCCUGUUCUUCACAGUCCAACGCCAGUAAGCAGGCUGACCUCUGUGGACAGUCAUGAGGACAUGCUGUGCUAUGCUGCAUCUUGGGGGAUCCUUUGGAAAUGGCUCCUUGGAGAAAUGGAAAAGGCUAGCACAUAAACAGAGUGAAACCACCCUAAUAAAACAGAGUAAAAAGUAUGUCAGCAGUGAUUCGGAUUACAGGCAUGCUGACAGGACACUUCGUAGCAGGUGGCAGCGGUGUCUAUAAAACCUCCCCUCACGGAGCUCCCACACAUGUGGUGUGGGAGGAACAGCCAGCCGUUAAGAUCCACUGGGUUUUGAUGGGAGCUUCCCCGUCGAAUGUCAUAGCAUGUGGUGUGUACUUUGUUAAAACCCCUGUGGAGUUACUGUCUUUUCUAUGUUAAAUGUCUGUGCUAGAUGUAUACGAAUAAUGUAGAGUCAGAUGAAGUGAAACUUCAUGUGUUUUUCUCGGAAGUCAAAAUGCAGAAGCACCCAAGCCAGGCAAGCUGCCUUGUGAUUGCUUAAUGAGCCCUUUGUUUGGACAGUGAUGUCAAAAGUCAUUGGUACUUUUUACUCUGACGUUUGUAGAUGUGGGUACUCUGGUCGCUGUAUUAUUCUUACCAGGCCAGACUUCAUUGGUUAGCAUCAGUUUGUUACACCUGACCUUUAGGAAUUCUGUGUCCAAUUGCCAGUUAUUUAUUUCAUAAGAUCCAUCUAAUAUUACUAACAUUAAUCAAGAAGAUUGUAGGAAGUUUCUUCUCAACAAGAAAUAAUGAAAUGGUUGUUAAGACUGUUAAUUCUGAUGAAUGCUCUACAUUCUAUUUCCGGAGGAGGAUGUGUCUGGCUAUCUGAAGCCAAGUAUUAGCAUUGAACACUGAAGCUUUUAGUCCAUUCUUCAUAUGUUCUAGAGCUCUUCUGAGCUGAUCUAAGGUUCUUCCUAAAAUACACUUUUAAAGCUGAUUAUUACAGCAAAAUUCAUCUGUCUGUGUUUUUAUUUAGGGAACUUGGUUUGAGUCAUACUAUAUAAGAAAUCACGUAACAAUGAGUCAUAUCUUAGUAUAUUUCUAAAUGUUUGGCAUAGUGUAAACUCAGCACCAAAAUAUUUCAGCAAAUUUACACAGUUUAAUCAUGGUUACUGUGUAAACUCACAUGAAAUGUCACAAAAGAAACCAUCAAACAAAAUUUAAACAUGGAAUACUGGAUGAAGUCUCCCAAAUAACAUUGUAUAAUUCAUGCAGAUGUAGUGUCUUUUAAGUAAGAUUAAAAACAAAAAUGUUAGAGUUAAUGCGACCAGCAUUCUGGUUUUGGUUUUGAUUUUAUUUUGUUUCUUUUUGUAAGAUGAACCUAGGACCUACCACAGCUAAACAAGAGCUCUACCACCAAGCCAAACUGCCAGCCUAAUUUGGCAGGUUUUUAAAAUAUGACUGCAUUGUACAUGCCAUUAUAAAAUAGUCACUGAGUACUUGGCCCUGGAAGUUUUUCUAUUGGUGUUCAGGCUUCCAGCAUGAUCUUUAAAAUAGUAGAACUGCAUUAUAUUUUGCAGAGCAUAAUUAUGAGUGUUAUUUAAAAAGAGAGCAUGUUAGUGCUUUCCAAAGUCUCACUGAAUUAUUUACUUAAAACUACUUCCUAUACGUAGUUAUCAAACCAGAAGAGCACUCCAGACCAAUCUGGAUAUCAUGGUAUUUUGACCCAGGUAAUCUAUGUCAAAUCAGCACUUAUUUUUUGAGUAAAUGGUCUGCAGCUGCACAAUUCUUUUUAACAAGCAGGCAAAAUUUAACUUAAAAUCUAGACAGAAAAAUAAAUCUUCGCUAUCUGCCAAGCAAUCUAGUGUUAAAAAAUUAUCUGAACAAGACUAACUAGGCCCAUGGGUAAUUCCUAAACAUAAAAUUCUGAAGUUACUUUGAAUCUGGAAGAUUGAUUCCAUUUAUCAGAUGACUUUAAAUCUCAGAAUGAAAAUGUUAACCACAAUCCUUCACCCUACUCACUGCCCCCUAAAUUCCAGAAUAAUGCCUGAGAAUUAAAAAAAAAAAAAUCUGGACAUAAUAUCAUAAGUAGAAACAAGAUUUACCAUGGGAACCUCAAAUAGAAGAAUUUAAGCCAUUAAGAACUAGCAGAUUUCUAGAAUUUGUUUCCUUGUGUGUUCUUAUGCCAUGUACUAUGUUCAAUAAUUAUACCUUAUUUCAUUUGCGUCAAUAUGUACAUAGAAGAAAUUGAAUGUAAAAAUCCUAUGUAAUAGCCAGUCACUUACAUUAAUGGUACUUUAAAGGUAACUUACGUGAGAUACACAACAAUUUCCUAUGUAAAAAGCCUCUCACUUCAGCUGUACAUGUAAAGAUUAUCGAUUUCAUGGUAAAUAAGAGACAUGAUGUUUACCGUAGUACAUUAAAAAAGUACAUUGUGUUUAAAAGAAGACCUAGAUAUUAUUAUUUGCCUCCAACAGUCUAUGAAAUUCAAAAGGAGAGAAAAAAUGUAGUGAAUUUUCACCACAGAAUGCCAGCCUUCAUUUUAAGCACCCUAGAUGGACUCCAGAAGUCUGUGCUAAGCUAAGUUGCUCCUAGGUGGUUCAUUAUGGCUUUGCUAUCUUUUCUGAGAAAGAACAGGGACAGUCUGGUGCUAAAUUGUGGCCUCGAGUCUCCAAAGAUCUGGUAGGGAACUAGGUAUGCUUAAAAGCUGUAGAAAACCUGCAGAAGGUCUGGCUGCCAAAGUGUUCUAGGCCGAUGGGAACCUAGAGCCAGACUAAAGUUCUAGAAACAGCACUGUCUGUCCCCAGACCUCCAUGCCGGCAGGGUCAAAUCAGAGAGGACGAGACUCAUCCACAUCACUACAUUCUCGGCAUAGCUCAGCUCUGCUCUUGGCCUCCCCAGCUCUCAUGUCGGCGCACUUUGAAGCGGGCUGGGGCUUGUGUCAAGUCCCCUCUGAGUUGAACUCAGAGAAACACAACACAUACUGUUUUAGUAUUUGAUGACUUUGAAAGGCAGAAGAGGACAAUUAGCUCUCACUUAAGCCAAGGUUUGUUUAUUUCACUUAGCUUAAGCCAAAUCUAAUGGUUUUCCGAAUUUAGGGAGGGCCUGCGCUUGAGCAUUCGAGAGGGAGAAGCAUUCCUCUGCAAAUGCAGGAUUUUCUCCACUCUGGCUUCCAAGGCUGCCUCUUUCAAGGCAGAGUUGCUGCCGCUUGGGUACUGAUGAGCUUCUGCCUCUAUCCAUGUCCAUCGCAUUUCCUCACUGAACGCAUGGACACUUUCAAUCACCUGACUGCAGUAUAUUUCAUUUUAAUAAAAAUUGACCAAGCAUUCUGAUCGCCUGAAAUAUACUGUAUGGAAAGAAGUAUCAUUUUAGCAGUUCAAAAAAGCUACAGUCUGAUUUUAUACAUGGACCAAGAAUGUGUACCGGGCAUUACUGUUUUCAGAAAGUUACUCCCUACCCUCUAAGUAGUGUUUGUGAUUUUUAAAAAGUGUAAAGAAUUUUUUUGAGUUAUAUAUUUUUAUUUCCUGUAAUAAAACUAUGUAUUAUUAAAGGUCAA